AUGGGCUCGAGUCAUUCACGACAUUACACUCCUCCCCCGGCUGCGCCCCCUGUCGGUGACCGAUUCGCAACCCCAGGCACCGAGUAUCGGCGCCGCAAAGAUGAAAAGGCGGUGCGAAGGAGACAAUCGGAGGAUGCGCCGCCCGCGUAUGAAAUGGCGCUCGAGGCGGCAGCCAACGCCGUUGCGCCACCUCUCUCUGCUACCGCCAACUCUGACAACGACUGGGAUUACGACCCGAUGGUGGAUGGGAUAGCGGAUCUGGCAGAGUGGGCACUCGAGUCUUCGGACGACGAGGCGACCAGGGCCCAGAAGAAAGCGCGAAAGGCGGCGAAGAAACGUCACAAGGAAGCGACGAAGAGCGCCACAGCUGGGACGUCCUGCGAUCCCACCGCGGUGCAAGGUACAGCCGAAAGCACGCAGCGUGCCGCCAAGGAGGCAAAGCGUGCUGCGAAGGACGCGAAACGAGCCGCCAAAGAUGCAGACCGCGCUAAGAAGAAGGCUGACAAGGCAAAGGCCAAGGCGGAGAAGAAGGCGCGACGGGCGCUGCGCAGUGCCACGAAACUGCAACGGCGGAGUGAGCGCACCGCUGUCUCCUCGGUGGAGAAGGCUGAGCGCGCCGCGCGCAAGGCCCAAAACAAAGCGGAGAAAGCGCGGAUACGGGCAAACAAGAAGGCUGCCAAGGCGCAGAAGCGCGCCGAGACCGCAGCAAUCGCGGCUACCUCGUACGCAACGUCCCCGCGAGCGGCGCCCAAGGUCAAACCGGCCGUUCGUUCUCCACAUAAAUCUCUCCCUCCGCCACCACCGGCGCCGCAGAUUAUCGAAGUCGAGCGCUCGCCGAUGCAGGCUCCUCCCAAGCCUAGUUACUCUCCGAGACUCGCCUCGAGACGGACGCCUCCGAGCCUCUCAUCCUCGACCCACACAAGCAGCUCUGGCAGCCCUGUCCCACGUUCCCCACCCCUACCCCCUCUGCCGCGUGAGCUGCAUGGCCGUCCUCCACUCCCUCCACGUACCGGCGCACUACCCGCGCGCUCGAUACCGAUUGCCCACUCGUCAUACUUUGCCCCGCGUCUCCCUGGAAGCGCCGGGCCAUCGCACUCUCGGGUCUCUCACUUUCCGCCGGAUCAGAAGAGCCAGCUCGAGCUGGAAUACGAGACGCUUGCUAUCGACUCGGCGCGCGCGAACGUCAGCCACGGACACACUUACUAGAGAAACAGAUGGACUCUGCGCAUGCGGCUACAAGUAGAGGUUGUACAGUAUGAAGGACAUGUCUGAUUAGAUAAAGAAUGCG